AUGACUGAGCAGGAGGGUAGUCAUACACCAGAUGUGGGUGGAGAUCUUCAUCUUAAUGAGGGAGAUACUCCAAUAUCCCCUCGUGAGGCGCGACUUUUGGAUAAACUUACUGGUGUUAUUCGACAAACUCUCGAACAACACAAAAGGGAUAGUGAUAAGGGUAAAGAGAAAGCCACCGGAGAGUCUUCAAGAGAGAAAGCGAAACGUCCCUCAUUCAAAACUUUCAAGAGUAGUGGUGCUAUAGAGUUUUUAGGUGUCCUUGAUCCCAUUGUUGUUCUUACCUGGAUCCAGAACACAGAAAAAGUAUUUCGUAUCUCCCAUGUGGUUAAUGAAGACAAGGCUAACUAUGCUUCUGCAAUGCUCAUUGGAGAAGCCUUAGUUUGGUGGGAAGCGACAUUUGAAGCUCUUAACGAGUAUGACCAGGAGAAUUUAUCUUGGGAGAUGUUUAAAAUCCGCUUUCUAGGAAAAUAUUGUCCUCUAGAUAUGAGGAGAAGACUGGAGAAGGAGUUCCUCAAACUUAAGCAGGGAGGAAUGACUGUGACCGAAUAUGAAACUCAAUUCAAUCAAAGGGCACGGUUUGUUGCGAAGUAUAUCCCGACUGAAGACGAUAAAAGUCAGUUAUUCAUGGAAGGGUUACGGUAUGAAAUCCGUGAUUUUGUGAUCAACCGGGAUAUUAUAUCAUUCGAUAAAGCUGUUGAGUAUGCCCGAAAGCGCGAGCAUGACUUAGAGAUACGUGGUGUCACUCUUUCUGUCCCAAAGCAUCCACGUGUUGAUCGAACUGUUUCUGUUUCAACUAUUCCAUCGGCUCAAUCUGAUCCUAGCACAAAAGUACAUUCUCAGAGCGCCUUUCGUGGUCGCGGUCGGCCACAAUCUUUUUCUCUUCAGUCGAGAGCUCCACCACCGUGCCAGAAAUGUGGAAAGAGCCACCAGGGUCAAUGCAGGGUAGGAAAAGGACCGGUGAUUUGCUAUGGAUGCGGAGAAACAGGUCAUAUGAAGCCCGUUUGCCCGAUGAGGAAUGUUACAUGUUAUGCUUGCGGUGUUACUGGCCAUAGAAAGCGUUUUUGCCCAACUCUUACCAGCCAAAUGGUGGGAAGCCAAGCUUCCGUUCAACAACCGGUGGAUACUUCAACCCAAAAGGAGGAGGUGCCAAAGGCUAAAGGUUGUGCAUUCCAGAUUACCCCAGAGGAGGCACGCGAGGACCCGAAUGUUGUGACUGAUUCUUUUGUGUCUCGUGAAUUUGCGCGAUCUUUUCAAAUUGCUUGCUAUGCACUCGCCCAACCAUUUCAUGUAGAUACCGCGGGAAGUGUAUCAUUACUUGUUGAUAAAGUCUAUAGAGAUUGUGUCAUAGAAAUUGAAGGUUAUAAUUUUCUUGCCAAUUUGAUUCCUAUCUCCCUACCCAACUUUGAUAUCAUUCUCGGCAUGGACUGA